AUGUCAACAGAAACUGAUCAACCAUUUGUAGUAGAGGAAAUUUUAUCAAUAUUAAAAGAAGUAGUCGAAGAUCAACUUCAACAAGGUACAGUUUAUCAACAUAAACAAGUUCCACAAUGGACACAAGGAAUUAUUGAUAAUUCAUUAAAAAAGAUUUCAGAAUUAAAUAAAUCAUAUAAAUAUAUAGUUAAUUGUGUAAUUUUUCAAAAAACUGGAGCAGGUUUUCAUACAGCAAGUUCAUGUCUUUGGGAUUCAUCAAACGAUAAUAGUUGUUCAUAUAAAUUUGAAAAUAAAACAAUGUAUUGCAUUACCAGCGUUUUUGGUUGUAAAAUAUAA